AUGAAGCCCCAGCAACAGCACAACUAUAAUGGGGGGGGGGGUCACACUCUCUCCGGUCCCCCGUCCCACCGGGUGUCACACUCUCUCCGGUCCCCCGUCCCACCGGGUGUCACACUCUCUCCGGUCCCCCGUCCCACCGGGUGUCACACUCUCUCCGGUCCCCCGUCCCACCGGGUGUCACACUCUCUCCGGUCCCCCGUCCCACCGGGUGUCACACUCUCUCCGGUCCCCCGUCCCACCGGGUGUCACACUCUCUCCGGUCCCCCGUCCCACCGGGUGUCACACUCUCUCCGGUCCCCCGUCCCACCGGGUGUCACACUCUCUCCGGUCCCCCGUCCCACCGGGUGUCACACUCUCUCCGGUCCCCCGUCCCACCGGGUGUCACACUCUCUCCGGUCCCCCGUCCCACCGGGUGUCACACUCUCUCCGGUCCCCCGUCCCACCGGGUGUCACACUCUCUCCGGUCCCCCGUCCCACCGGGUGUCACACUCUCUCCGGUCCCCCGUCCCACCGGGUGUCACACUCUCUCCGGUCCCCCGUCCCACCGGGUGUCACACUCUCUCCGGUCCCCCGUCCCACCGGGUGUCACACUCUCUCCGGUCCCCCGUCCCACCGGGUGUCACACUCUCUCCGGUCCCCCGUCCCACCGGGUGUCACACUCUCUCCGGUCCCCCGUCCCACCGGGUGUCACACUCUCUCCGGUCCCCCGUCCCACCGGGUGUCACACUCUCUCCGGUCCCCCGUCCCACCGGGUGUCACACUCUCUCCGGUCCCCCGUCCCACCGGGUGUCACACUCUCUCCGGUCCCCCGUCCCACCGGGUGUCACACUCUCUCCGGUCCCCCGUCCCACCGGGUGUCACACUCUCUCCGGUCCCCCGUCCCACCGGGUGUCACACUCUCUCCGGUCCCCCGUCCCACCGGGUGUCACACUCUCUCCGGUCCCCCGUCCCACCGGGUGUCACACUCUCUCCGGUCCCCCGUCCCACCGGGUGUCACACUCUCUCCGGUCCCCCGUCCCACCGGGUGUCACACUCUCUCCGGUCCCCCGUCCCACCGGGUGUCACACUCUCUCCGGUCCCCCGUCCCACCGGGUGUCACACUCUCUCCGGUCCCCCGUCCCACCGGGUGUCACACUCUCUCCGGUCCCCCGUCCCACCGGGUGUCACACUCUCUCCGGUCCCCCGUCCCACCGGGUGUCACACUCUCUCCGGUCCCCCGUCCCACCGGGUGUCACACUCUCUCCGGUCCCCCUCCCGGGUGUCACAACUGAAAUGAUAUUUUGAACAGACCGAGAUUGCUGUUAAAUCUUUCAUCUUUUAGAAUGAGGAUGCUGGUUUCGAUUCAUUAAUAUGUAAAUCCCAGAACAUCUUUCAAGUCACGUUCCCGCGAUGAUUUAGGGACAUCUCAGACAAUGCAUCAAAGGUGUGAGGUGCGCCAUCGAGAGCAUUCUGUCUGGAUGUAUCACUACC